AUGGCUCUGCAACCAUUACGAGUUAUUAUGUCUGCCGUUGGUACUCUCGGUGUGGAGAGCAGUUCGGGUCCUGGUCCGUGUCCGUGUCCGGCUCCCGUUCCGUGUCCGGGCGCGGCAGCCGGCGGCGGCGGUCCCCCGACGCCUUCGGGCAAACCGGUGUACUCGACUCCUUCGCCGGUGGAGAACACGCCGCAGAACAACGAGUGUAAGAUGGUGGAGCUGCGAGGCGCGCAGGUGGCCUCUUUCUCGGUGGAGGGCUGCGAGCUGAUCUGCCUGCCGCAGGCCUUCGACCUCUUCCUCAAGCACCUGGUGGGCGGCUUGCACACGGUCUACACCAAGCUCAAGCGCCUGGAGAUCACGCCGGUGGUCUGCAACGUGGAGCAGGUGCGCAUCCUGCGCGGCUUGGGGGCCAUCCAGCCAGGCGUCAACCGGUGCAAACUCAUCUCUAGGAGGGACUUCGAGACGCUUUACAACGACUGCACCAACGCCAGGUGA